AUGGUUUCCACUUCGACUUCUUCAGACCCUCAAUCUCGCCUCCAACAGAUCACCUCCCACAUGUCUACCACAAACACAAUGAAGGCCUCAUCGUUCGGCGCAAACAUUGUGCCCCAGGCACCUGAAGAUCCCCUGUUUGGAUUGAUGGCCGCCUUCCGCCGCGAUACUGACCCAAAGAAGGUCGAUCUUGGUAUCGGAGCUUACAGAGACAACAACGCAAAGCCCUGGGUGUUACCCGUUGUAAAGAAGGCCGAUGACCUCCUUCGUCAAGAUCCCAACCUCAAUCACGAGUACCUACCUAUUGCUGGUCUCGCCGACUUCACAACCGCAUCUCAGAAGCUGAUCUUCGGUGCCGAUUCGCCCGCCCUCAAGGAGAAGCGUGUCGUUUCUCUGCAGACCAUCUCAGGAACUGGAGCUGUCCACCUGGGCGCUGCUUUCCUGGCCAAGUUCUACAACCCUUCCAACUCAGAGGCCAAGACUAUCUACGUCUCAAACCCUACGUGGGCCAACCACAACCAGAUCUUCUCAAAUGUCAAGCUCCCCAUCAAGAACUACCCCUACUUCUCUGCUGAGACCAAGGGUCUUGACUUCAAGGGCAUGGUCCAGACGAUAGAGCAGGCCCCUGAGAGCAGUGUCAUCCUGCUCCACGCUUGCGCACACAACCCCACAGGUGUCGACCCUACCCAAGAUCAGUGGAAGGAGAUUGCCUCGCUCAUGAAGAGCAAGUCUCAGUUCCCCUUCUUCGACUGCGCAUACCAAGGCUUUGCAUCCGGUGAUCUGAACAAGGAUGCUUGGGCUAUCCGUUACUUUGUCGAGCAGGGCUUCGAGAUGUUCGUUGCCCAGAGUUACGCCAAGAACUUCGGUCUUUAUGGCGAGCGUGCUGGUUGCUUCCACUUCGUCACCGGUCCUGCUUCUGAGGCUGCUGACACCGCUGUCCGUGUCGGCAGUCAGCUUGCUAUCCUCCAGCGCUCUGAGAUCAGCAACCCUCCUGCAUACGGUGCCCGCAUUGCGUCAGUCAUUCUCAACGACGAUAAGCUCUUUGCCGAGUGGGAGGAGAACCUCCGUGAGAUGAGUGGUCGCAUCAUCUCGAUGCGCAAGGCUCUCAAGGCCAAGCUUGACGAGCUGCAGACUCCUGGCAACUGGGACCACAUCAUCAACCAGAUUGGUAUGUUCAGUUUCACCGGCUUGACCGAGAAGCAGGUCUUGAAGAUCAGAGCCGACGACCAUGUUUACAUGACCAAGAACGGCAGAAUCAGCAUGGCUGGCCUCAACACCAACAACGUCGAAUACUUUGCCAAGGCUGUUGACAAGGUUGUCCGCGAGACUUCAUAG